AUGUUGUUGAGGCUGUCCAAAAGAAAAUGUUCAAAUCCAUGUCUACCCCCGGGGCCAUGGAAACUUCCUAUCAUAGGAAAUAUCCAUCAUCUUGGGAGCUGUCUUCCACAUCAGCGACUGAGAGAAUUGGCCAAGACAUAUGGGCCUCUGAUGCACCUGCAGCUUGGAGAGCUUUCUGUGAUGGUUGUUUCUUCACCUGAAACAGCAAAGGAGGUUAUGAAAACUCAUGAUGUAAACUUUUCUGAUAGGCCUUACCUUUUUGCUUCAUCUGUGAUAUGUAAUGGUGCUACAAACCUUACUUUUGCUCCAUAUGGAGAUUACUGGAGACGGCUUCGCAAGAUUUGCUCCAUGGAGCUUUUGAGCCCAAUGCGGGUCCAGUCAUUUACGUCUACAAGGGAAGAAGAGGUCUUAAAGUUCAUCAAGUCUAUCAGUGAACAUGUAGGAUCUCCGAUCGAUCUUAGCCAAAGAAUAUUCUCAUUAACGUAUGGGAUCACUGCCAGGGUGGCGUUUGGUAAGAAAUGCAAACAUCAAGAAUCUUUCAUCGCACUUGUCAAGGAAGCUUCAGCUGCAGCUUCAGGAUUCAAUGUUUCAGACCUUUACCCUUCUUCUACCAUGCUUCCUUUGCUCACUGGAUUUAAGGCAAAACUUGAGAAAAUUCGUGGGAGGUUUGAGGAGAUAACCGGUAACAUCAUUGAAGAACAUCAGGCUAAAAAGGGGGAAACUAAUGUGGGUGAUGUAGAUGAAGAUCUUGUGGAUGUUCUUUUGAGAUAUCAGGAGCAUGGUGAUGUUCAAACAUUUCCUUUGUCUAUUGCUAACAUCAAAGCAGUCAUCUUGGACAUCUUUAGUGGUGGGAGUGAAACAUCUUCUACAGCUGUAGAGUGGGCGAUGUCCGAAAUGCUGAAACACCCAAGAAUCUUGGAAAAGGCACAAACUGAGAUAAGGGAAGUUGUCACCAGAAGAGGGAGAGUUGAUGGGACGUGUAUUCAAGAACUCGUGUUCCUAAAACUGGUUAUUAAAGAAACUCUAAGACUACACCCUCCAGCCCCUCUGUUGCUUCCCAGAGAAAGCAGGGAGAGAUGUGAGAUAAAUGGUUAUGAGAUACCAGCCAAAACCAAAGUUAUUGUGAAUGCAUGGGCCAUUGGUCGAGACCCUAUUUGGUGGAAAGAUCCUGAGAGGUUUCAUCCAGAGAGAUUCCUCAGCAGCUCAACAGAUUGUUACAAAGGACUUAAUUUCGAGUACAUACCGUUUGGUGGUGGAAGGAGAGUGUGCCCUGGAAUGUCAUUUGGAUUGGCAAAUGUGGAGCUUCCACUCAUCAAAUUGCUCUACCAUUUUGACUGGAAACUUCCUGAUGGAAUGACAAGUGAAGACCUUGAUAUGAAUGAAACGUCUGGUGUCACGGUUAGAAGAAAAGCAAACUUGAAUCUGAUACCAACUGCCUACCAUCCUGUGCCUGCAUAAAAUAGAUCCUUGGAAGAAAAGACACCACAAAUACUUGUUAGACAGCAUAAUGUCAC